GAAUGAACGUCGAUAAGACGCAUCGCAAUUGAUCACCUCGCGCUCUAAAAGAUCCCUAGAUUUGGUUGGUUUGGUCAAGAGCCCUGCUAAAAACGAAUAACUACGAAGUACGGAGUACGGAAUACCUAUUUAAUAACUGUCGCAAAGCACCAAAAAUAGGAAUUCCUGAAUCGCGCACACCUCACCGCGAUGUCUGCGAGCGCGUCCGACAUCAUCACCUACAUCGGUGUACCCCUCGCCGUACUCGGCGUCAUGCCGAUCAUAUACACCUGCAUCCGCGCACUUCUCGUUCUGCGAUCCAUCCGUCUCGCCCUGGCGCGAAACGGUCACUCUGACUCUGCCGUCACCAGAGGCAGCAUGAUGUCCGGCGUCGUCGAGGUAGAGCUACCCCGAUGCACAAUAACUCCUCUGGACCGCGACCUUGAUCCCGAGUACUGGCAGCUCAACCCAGCCCGAUCGUCCCUCAAGGGCGGCACCUGGUCGUUUUUCCACUGGAAUCGCCUGGUCACGGGUAAAAGGUUGUAUCGGAUUCAAUACAAGGAUGAGCUGCGCGUUCCCCAGGCGGAGAUUGAGUUUCAUGAAUUGGUUUCGUUCUUGUUGGAUCGCGGGGCGGUACCGGAUGAGAAUGGUUGGAGUAUGCUAAGGACGAGUGGGCUGUGGACGCCGACAGGGACGGUUUUGAUGCGCCCGCCGCAGGGUAAAUUCGGGGGUGUGCUACGCGUUGGGGUGCCGGACGAUUCCGACGGGGUGUUGAGUUUGAAAGUGCAUUGGAGCAGUGACUGGGAUACGCGAAGUAAAGAAUGUUUGCCGCCCUUCUGGAUGAGGAUUCAUCAGCCGGGUUUGGCCUCUACUACAUGUGCGAAUCUGGAUAAGGAGAGUUACAAAUCUAGUGACUGCAUUAUCAAGAUAGACGAAGAAUCCUCGAGUGAACCCGAUGAUAGCAAACGAAAAGCUACGGACGAAAAGCCCGCCUCAACGGGGGAGAAAGGGCAAAUUGAAAGCACAGAGCCAACAGAAGGUGAAGGCAAGGAUACAGAUGCUGUCUCAACAACGCCAUCCCUUCUCGUUCUGAUUGAAGAAAAGCGGGUUGCGCUGCAUGGUGAAGCAAACCGCAGCGAUAGCAUCAGAUUCUGUCUAGAAGGGGACACAAUUGACCGUGUUUUCUUUGAGCACUCCAACAUCCAUACCGGUAGGGUUCGAGAGAUCAGUAAUUUGGGCGAAAUGGUCGUACAGUGGUUCGUCUACAUCGCCUCGUCCUUAGCACAUGUCGAGAAAACCGGCGCGUGGAACUUCGCCUUGCCCUCUGACGUUCUUCAGUCCACGCAACGAGACGCUGUGCCAUGUGGUGUCAUGGAGAUACUGGGAAUCAUGCAGGAACACGAGGUCCCUCAUUGGCCGAGGCCAAAGCCAAACUUUAACGAUCCGUGGAAGACGCACCGACGAUUCAUGGAGAACCAUCAUCAAAUGCAACUUGAGAGAUCAAUGCCACCGGCGCAAGCCGAAGCGUCGCGGAGGGCGAGAGAGCAGGCUACAAUGUGGAAUAUGCAGGAUGAUUAUCGAGAGAGUCAAAGGCUAAAACGAGAGUAUGAGGAGAAGCGCGUGACGGAGGUUGUGAAUUCACCUAGGCUCAGCAAUAAAAUUGUUGCAAAGGCCUGUGUAUCAUGGCUGAUCGCUCAGAAGGAUAUUCCGAACAGUUACAAAAUAACGGACGUAGUCCGCGCUGCUUUGUAUCUUAUGGCCUUGGAUGUGACCCGAGCGAGAUUAAUCGCGAAUAUCUGUGAUCGGUGGAUAACAUGGGGUAGAAGCGGUCUGAAUACCUCGGAUAUCACAGAGCUGCAGCAGAAUAAGAUAUGCUUCUGCUACGCAGCCACAAUGGUGUACACUAUGCAAGUUGCUGCACAGUCGGAUGGCAAGGUCUCCACACACAUGCAAGAAUGCUUGGGACUAUGGAAAAAAGUUCGGCUAGGUUGAAAUCCCUAUAAUAAGCGCCAAACAUCGUCCGGGCUCACGGUCCCUGACCAGCUUGCAUUCUUCGCAUACGAUCCUCUGCAGCUCUCGCUCGACGCUCCCUCUCCAGUCUCAUCCUCAUUUCUGGGGUCAUUCCUCGCAUCUCUUCUUCUCUCUUUUCGGACGCAGUUUUUUCGCGAGGCGCAAGCGUUCUCG